AUGGCAGGUGCGCGUGUACAGCUGCCCACUCUGAAAAGUGCAAGGGCAGGCGCCAGCCCAGACCUGGUUCGCACUCCUGUCACACACACGCUGAGCCUCUCCCCUUUUCCCCCCACCCCGCAGUUCCUGCACGCCCGGGUGGCCCCGUGCGAGGCCCAUCUUCACGAUGCUGGUGCCACGGCCCUGCUCGUGCUCGGCUUCACCCUGCUGCUGCCGCUCCUGGUGCUCGGCCUGGCGGCCUUCGUCCGGCUGGCUCGGCGCCUCCAGCUCGGCUACUGCCUGCUGCCCUACACCCUGGCCGUCUACCGGAACCUGCCCGCGCCGCUACCACCCAGCGCCCUGGUGCUGCCCCCGGGCCCGCCGCCCCCCCCGCGGAACAAUCUGGGUUGUUGA